AUGGCAUCCACCAUCCUCCUACAACUCUGCCUAGCAGCUCUCGCCCUCGCCGCCCCCACCACCUCCGACAUCCACACCCUAAGCAACCCAGGCGCCCAAGGCGCCGGCGGCGGCAUCGUAGGCUUCAUCGUUCUCGUGUUGGAUAUUAUCAUCUGGAUCGAAGUCCUCAAGUCCAGCCGUCCUCCGAGUCAUAAGAUUCUGUGGUGCGUGCUCGUGUUCCUGUUCCCGAUCGUGGGCGCGGUGGCGUAUUGGCUGUUGAGUGAUAGGAAGAAGUGGAACGAUCAGGCGUAUGAGGUGUUGCCGUAG